AUGGCCACCGUGCACAGUCUGGGGCCAAAAAAAGUUGGGCCACAACUCCGCCCACUCAGCGCAAGUCCAUCGAGUGAUAGUGAUGACAUUGUCGCGGAAACAACGAGAAGUAGAACAGAAUCGCCAACUGGCUCUCCCAUCCAUUCGCCGGCAUCCUAUGUGUCUGAGUCUGCCCGAAACAGACGAGCCAGCACCGUCAAUGUUCACGCCGACUUCAUCAAAGCUCGAAAGGAUGACGCGCCACGACGAACUCAUAGCCAAAAAGAGAAGUUCCAGAAAAUGGGAGUAGAUGUGAUGAAAAGUAGCUGCAUCUCAAACGCCAUGGCGGCCGUGGUGCUGUUGGAUGCGUACUGCACUUGUGCAGACAUCGAUGCGAGAGCAGCCGGGUUAUCACCCCCUGCAGAAUUCGUCAUCCUGUCCGACAUUUGCCUGGGCCUCUACACCUUGGAGCUUCUUUUGUUAGCCUUCCUGCAGGGUCUGUCAUUCUUCAGAGAAGACUGGCUGAUUCUCCUGGACCUGUUUAUUGUGGCUUGCGGCUAUGUGGAGAUCAUUCUGGAUGCCGUGGGGCCUGGCCAUUUAGUUGGGAACCUCGGUGUCCUGCGGGCGUUGCGGUUUGUUAGGAUUAUUCGGCUGAUGAGGCUCCUUCGCCGAAUACGUGCCCUGCGUGAGCUGCACAAACUGGUGACCAUGAUGGCUACAUGCUUGAAGGCGUUGCUUUGGUCCUUUGUGUUCUGUUUCGGCAUCAUGACCGUUUGGGCCAUGCUUUUGGUCGAGAUAGUUCACCCAAUCCUCCAGCAAGCUGCUUUUGAGCAGUGCGAGGGUUGCAAGACGGCCGUGGAGUCUGUCAUGAAGGCCAAUCUGCUGUUGUUCAAAACUGUUAUUGCCGGCGACAGCUGGGGGGACAUCGCGGUGCCCGUCAUUUUGGAUCAUCCCCACACUGCUUUCAUUUUUGUGGGCUCGCUGUUAACACUUGUUUUUGGCGUUUUGAACUUGAUCGUCGCAGUUGUAGUGGACACCUUUGCAGAAGCCCGCGAGCAAGAUGUGCUAAAUCUAGCUGAAGAGAUGGACCAGAAUGUGGAAGAUGACAGGCGAAAUCUGAUCAAGCUAUUCAAUCGAAUAGACACAGAUGGCAGUGGUCGCCUGACCUUAGAAGAGCUCAUAGAGGGAGCUCGUCGGGAUCCGGAACUCCAGAGCCGACUCCGCGUCAUGGACAUUGACGAAAUGGACUUGCAGCAACUGUUCGAGAUGAUUGACGUGCAAAAGGAGGGUUCAAUCGAGGCUCAAGAGUUUAUUGCGCCACUGAGCAGGUGGGUGCACGACUCCAAGACGGCCCCGCGAUUUAUCAAGUACAAUAUGGUCAGGACGAUGCAGAGCCAAGAGGAGCUCUACGAUUUGUCUCGUGACUACUUUGACUUUCUGGCUUUGCGCGUCGAUGGCAUGCUGGAAGCGAUCCAGAAGCUCACCGAUCCAUGCCCAAGGCCCCAGGAGGACCCGGAAAAGCCGACGCCCAAGUUAGAUGAGAUGAUGGCCACGCACGAAACCGAAACCAUCGAAGCCCCAAAGGCUUCACU